AUGGCCGAUACGCACACAAGCUCAAACCCACGAACUGCUUCGGUCCUCCAGGUACUGAACGAUCUGAUCGAAAAACAUGACGAAUCCAUGAACGGAUCAACCGGCGAAGAGAGGGAAGAGCUGACACAGGACGAGCUGGACAGAAAGUACGAAUUAUUGGAUCAACUGCAUUCGAGCCUCUUACCAUCACUGCAAGAUCAACUCCGCAAAUUCUUAAUUUCACUCGACCUGCCAUACAACGAGCCCAAGAAAUACCCGAACCCUGACUUCGAGGCCGCAUGUGAAAUCUUGGCACAGCUUGACCAGACCAUGGAUGAAACCAUAGAGUGUAUCGAGUCCGCUGCUCUCGACGUAGUGCCCUUCAAUACCCAUGAUCAUCACUUCAAACGGGGAAAAGACUUCAGAUGCACUCACCUGCGUUCCAACACCUCGACUCUCAUCACGGAUAUCCGUGAUAUGUUCAUCAACUGCGAUCUGUUUAUCAAUCACUUGAAUAAACCAGAAGAGUCUAGGCGUCAAAAGCUAUCAUCCCUAUUCGAAAGAGACGUGCUCGUCGCAUCGACUCAGUGUAUCGAUUUGGCCGGUAAGAUCAGAAGAUGGUCCCAAGCAUCUGACUUUGAAGUGAUCCAAGACGAAUGGGAAAGAGAAAGCCGAGUCACUCAAUUCCUCACUAGAAACCUUGAAUACCUUGGCUCAACAACCCACGAUUAG